AAAUUUGACGAUUGUGAGCACGUGAACUGUCUUUAUGCCGAGUUGUUGCUGUUGAACGAUGCCUGCUGCGUCUACAAAACCCGAUAAAGCCUCAUUUGAGGCGACUGAACCAAUCAAACAAGUUCUCCAGGUUGUGGAAAAGAAAGUCCGCAAUUUGGAAAAACGAAAGGUGAAGCUCGAUGGCUACAGGGCCAAAGCUGAUAGUGGAACCAAGUUGGAGAAAGACCAACAGGCGGCCGUUGACAAGUAUGAAGAAGUCAUGCAGACAUUGGAGUUUGCUCGAGAUCUGCAGAAACAAUUUCUCGGUAUCAAUGUUGAUGCCGAGAAAAUGAUGAAAAAGCAGAUGAAAAGGGAAAAGAUAGAUCGACAGAACAUGGUCCUGAAACGCAUGCAGGAGAUGCUGAAGGUCCAGAACCUGCUCGAUAGCAUGGGGUCUGAUAAAGUCCGAAGUGACUUCCAGACGGGCAAGCAUGGUGCAGUGGUUCUGACGGAGGAAAAUCUAACCCAUCUGGACGAGUUAUACAAACUGAUCAGUCCGUCACGUGAUAGUGGGAACUACACAGAACAACUUAACCAGGCUUCAGAGCACCUCCUUUGUCUGUUAGAUGCCAAGGAAAAGGAAGUCGUCGGAACAAACUACAAGGAUCUCAAUGAGCUGCUUGAUCUCAUCAAUAACUGCGGCUACUUUGAGAAUGCAGCUGCUCAAGAAGUAGAGGCGACAGAGGAUGCCGCUGGUGACCAGGAAUUCAUUGUGGUCAGUUCCAGCGAAGUUCCUCAAGCUGAUUCUGUAGAAGUCCAGGCAUCACUUCCUCCAAAGGUCAUUGAGGAACAACAACAUGAACAAACCAACGAGGCUAGUCAAAGUAGUGUACAACAGCAGGCAGAGUAUGCCACCAUGGCAGAGGCAGACUCAUUCUUUUCCAAGGCAACAGCAAACACGGCAGAAGUAUCCACAAUAACAGCAACCCAACAACAACAACAACAACAGCAGCAGCAGCAACAGCAGCAGGACCAGACACAAGACAAUACUUACAAUCCACGACCAUUCCAAGAUAUUGUAUCCAAGGUUCAAGGUAACUUCAACUUUCUACAGGAAUCCACACUAGACAUGGAGUCACCUCACAUGGACCCAGCUGUCGUGGCAGCCCAUCCAAUGCCCCCUGCCCCCCUUGGACAUCAAACUGAAAGUUUAUCAUCACAGACAUUUACCAAUCAAGGGUUUGGGGACCUUGCCCAACAAGCACCCCGUGAUCUCACCUCAUCAAACAAAGAAUCCACACAAUCGUUGCUCUCCAAGCAAAAGUCAUCCCUAGGGGGUGCAUCUGACUUUCCUUCUCAAACAUUUGGGCAGAGUUUACAAAGUGAUGCCCUUUUUUCUUCAUCUGCUGUGAAAGAUUCCUCAUCCCAACACACACAAAGUGUGAUGGGAAAAACAAGUGACAAUUCAAUAUCCAAAUUUGAAAUUCCACAAAGUAUUCCCAUGCCACCAGGCUUACAGUCAAACACACAGGAAUCUUCAGCAGCAGAAGCGGCAGCCGAAAAGAAGUUCACAAUGAAUCCAAAUGCAGAGAUGUUCCAAUCCCAACUGUACAAUGCAUCAUCAACACCAGGUCAGGAUGAGUUUGGCCAACAGCAGGGAGACUUCGGCAGACAAAGCUAUCAGGGAAAUAAUUACAAUUCAAGUUAUCGCAGCAACAGAGGAAAUGGUGAACGAGGUGGCUUCAGAGGAAAGAACAACAGAGGUGGAGAACGAGGUGGAAACAUGGCCAACGGGUUCUCGGGAGGUCGUGGUGCAAGGGGAGGCAACUCCUACAGUGGCAACAGAGGAGGGCAGAGUGGGACUUUCCAAGGCUUCCCUCCCCGCUCAAACGACUACAACAAUAGGUCCGAAGGAUAUCAAAAUCACAACAGCAACUUCGGUGGCAAUAACAGUGGUGGAGGAUUCCAAAAGCGUGGGGGUGGAGGCCAGGCAAGGGGGAACAGUAGAGGAGGAGGAGCUGCGAGGGGUGGUGCACCCAGAGGAGCAGCUCGUGGAAGUUCCAGAGGAGGACAAGGUGGUGGAGGAGGAUUCGGGCGUCCUCAACAGCAGCAAACUGCCUGAGGUCACAUUUUGCAUCUUGUGACCAGUCACAUGAUAGUCAUGUGACAGUAAUGGAUCGGAUGUAGUAGUGGAGUUAUUGCUUGACUGUUCAAUUUGAAUUUCAAGUUGUGGAUGAAAAUCAAACAAACCAUGAAAUUUUAUCACAGUGCAUGAUUGGUGGCUUUUUUUUUCCUGUCCCUUUUUUAUGUCAUUUGUCUUGCAAGUAAUUAUUUUCCUAAUUUUAUUUAAUCAUGCAUUAUGAAAAAGAACCACCACCAUUUGUCCACACCUUCCUAUUCAGCAUUGGAUAGAGGGUACUUCAUUGCUAUGGAAAUAUUUGUGAGUAUUGUAGAUGUGGUAUGGCAACUUCAACAGCAAACAACACAAACAUUUUCCUUUUAUUUGCAUUUCAUGGAAUUGAGGCAAGGAUCACAAUCAAAGGCAUAAUGAUGACAGUGAACACGAGCUAGUACUCGGAGAGCUCACAUGUGUACAACACAUAGUUUCGAAGAGGCCAAACAUCUGUUGUAGCAGAGCAUUACAACUUCAAAACCAAGUGCUGUGAUUAGCGAUCAAAGAACAAUAGGAACUAUGUGUUGUCUAACUGACAAGUUCAAAAAUUGCUGAGAUUCAAACGUGCAACUCUGUUAACAUGAAAUGGAAGGAUUUUUUACAUGGAUGCAAAACUCCAAGUGACAUAGAAGUUUUAAUGCGUCAAGUUUCCGUCAUAUCAUUAUAUGAAUGCUAAGUUUGAAGCAGCUACUCUUAUUUCACUUGAAAAAAAAUUGUAAAAAAAAUUGUAAAAAAAAAUAAAAUAUGAUUUUAAAAAAAUGUUCCAGAAGAAAUACCCCAUAAGCAUAGAUUUGUUCAUCUUUCUUUUCUUAUUUUCACACUCCUUAUUUUGUUCCCUUGAGGGUCUUGGCUUGAGAGUAGAGAUAAUCAUGGAAUUGAUGGUUACCAUAUGAAAUCUUGGGCCUUCGAAUAAAACAGUUGGUGACUACAACUA